AGGAUUUUCUCCCCUCAGGACUGGCCGUUUGAUGAUGGAGCGCCGCCCCCCAGCCAGAUCGUGGAGGAUUGGCUGAACCUUUUGAAAAGCAAAUUUCGGGAGGAGCCCGGGUGCUGCGUGGCUGUGCACUGUGUGGCAGGGCUGGGAAGGGCUCCCGUUCUGGUGGCGCUCGCUCUCAUCGAGUGUGGGAUGAAGUACGAGGAUGCAGUUCAGUUUAUAAGGCAGAAAAGGAGGGGAGCUUUCAAUUCCAAACAGCUGCUUUAUCUGGAGAAAUACCGGCCCAAGAUGAGAUUACGCUUCAAAGAUGCCAACGGUCACUGCUGUGUUCAAUAAAUAAACACAAAAACCAAAAUAUUGAUCUCAAAAGGAAGGCAGAAGUGAGCGGGGGGCUCUUCUCUGGACUCUUGGCACCUGGAAAUGUGAAUCUGGAAUCAAAAAAAAGAAAAAAAAUGUCAUUAAAUUAGUGGUGGAGUCAGUGCUCCUCAACCUCUGUCCUUAACAAAAAAAGAGGGUGGUGAUGAUUGAGAGGAAAAAAACCCCAAAAUUAGAAAAAUAUAUAAUAAUAAUAAUAAUAAAAAAGCCAAUUAAGAGAAACAUUUCAGUGAAGGAUUGUUUUCUCCUUAAGCUGCAACCUGCAAGGAGAAAAGCAGUUUCUGAACCUUCUGUAUUUUUAACUUUUUAAGAAAAGAAAUAAAGUCAACUUUAUGUCUAAGGAAAAGCAGCAGAGCAUUGCCUUGUGCAGAAAGGAUUUUCUCGAGGUGACAAAAGCACCCCCAGCCAGGGAUGUGAAUUCCUGAGAUGUGAAUUCCUUUUUAAACUCUUUAAAAAAAGGAAAUUUUUUUUGGUUUUUAACCAGGGACAGGAGGAGGAGCUGGCUGGGAACAGCCUGACAGCCUUAAGCCCCUUUUUGGGCACAUCCCAGGGAUUUUGGGGAUGUUUUCCAUGGAAUUCUGACUCCUGGGGGGCUUGAACAGGACCCUCACUGCCUA